CCCUUGAUAAUGUGAACUUAAGUUAAUUGUGUUCCCCCACCCCGCACGCGGCCCUCCGCUGCCCACACUCGCGAACCUUCCCGCCCGGACGCCGUACAGCGGUUGGUUGCGAAACAGCACACUGCCUACGACAUGGGGAACCAUCUACAUCUUGGCCUACCAUACGGAUCCACAUGUUUCCUCAUGGCCUACAAAACGAGAAAGAACGCUGCUGUUGCUGCUGUUGCUGAUGCUGCUACCGCGGACAUGGCCGAACGCAUGCAUUCACUUCGCGACAUUGGCAGGCAAAUAGAAGGGGUAAUGCAAAAGGUCUGUAGAAUACCUCCCCCACACCGGUACGCGAGACGCAAAUAUCGACAAACCAUCGACGUCCCUGCCAUCCCUGCACACUCGCAAACCCAUGCGCACUGGUAGGCAAGGAUUUUCACCUGUAAUACUGUGCUCUGCCCUAGAACGACUACGGUACGAAAGGGACACACGCGAGAACGAUCCUCACAUAUUACUUGAGGACUUGGCACAAACAAGAACUCCAUGCUCAACAUGUCAUCAAAACUCAACACCACAAGCACCAUGUGCGAGCCGGAACAAGACCCUACACAACAAAAACUUAAGGAUGUAGCGGCCCCGAGCAGCCUUGGAGCGGCUACCUGUAGCUUCACCCUAGGAACUAACAUGAGCCCGAUGCUAGAGGUUCUCAAGUGCGGCUAUCCAGCACACCCGGUACACCCGGCACUGAACCAAGUAUGCCUUCUUACCGCCUUGUCGACGGGAGAGAGGAUUCCAUCGCCUGAGGACGCCGGUACCCAUACGUGUCAGCUUAUAUGUAUCGAAUUUUCUGAGGGACUAGGGUGCUCAACGCACCGAAUCACCAGCCUCGGGCUGACGGAACAAAAAACAAUACAUAAGCGCUUAGAAUAAUGUUUUGUUGCAUUCGAAAACAAACACCAGUCUUCGGGGAAAACACACGCUACCCCCGCAUUUUUCACCUGCAUCGCUUCCUUUUUCGCUGGUUUUCUCCUGCGAAUCGGGCGAAGCAAGCAAUAGGGUUGGUCCAUGUCCUGGCUAUCAAAAACACAUACCACAAAUUCAUCCACGCAAAUUAUCGACCUUGCGUAUCAAUACCAUCUUCACCGACACACGCAACCCGGCCCCCUCAAAAGUCCACCCAACAUCUACGCAGAUCUACGCACGUACGCCAAGUGCACUCACACUGCUGCUCUAAGGAAAACAGGAGUACCCCCGCCCCACCCGUCGCAGAAGGGAGACACGAGACUCGGGUGCAUUCUUGAGGCGAACAAAGAGCAGCACGCACGCUACACCCCAACAAAAAAGACACGCACAAUUCACAAAACAAAACAAGGAAGACGCACCGCGGAGUGCUGGACUCGCCCGGCCUUCGUGAAACGCUCUCCGUACAAACACCCUGUCUUAUUUUCAUCAAAUAGCGGCGUAAAAACCGAACUUCUGCGCACAGCAGUGCAAAAGUUAAAACCAAGACUAGAAACCGAUCGUCAAAAUAAAAAAAUACACAUUCCAGAUACAUUCAAAGACGAUAUUUUAUGCCCAGAGACGCAUAACGCCUGGAUCCUGACCAGGCACACCACGCCUUGAUGUCAUCGGAUACAAAAUAACUCGCACAUGACAUCAGUAAACCAGUACCGUAGAUCAUGACGUAAGACAUCACACACCCCUGGAUCGUUUUUCACAGCUCCAUUGAUCUACGACAAAGAGGCUGUACAACUGCAACGUUUCGGAAGAUCCUCGAUUACAAGACGGUUCCGACCGCCGCUAAUCUCGCACCGCCACCUAUUCUGCUGGGGAUAUAUGCCGGGCUUCGAAAAUGAGCCCAGGAGGUGUGAUAUCUCUUGAUAACAUGCUGCACUCACUUGCUGAUGCGAACAACCAACGAAGCGGAACACUCUCGGUUGGCUUUCUGUCACCUCAGACCGCCAGUAUCGCUCACGAUACUUGCGCAAUCAUCUCCUACCGUAAUCCCGAUAACAACACUAGGUUUUUCCUGAUAGCCUCCAACACCACCGGUGCCGCCGCUGUCAACCAAACUAGGCGCGAACACCCCUCCCCCCCCGCCCCUAACAAACAAGAUAUUCCAAUACACCGGCGUAUCGCAUCCUAUAGAUAACAGGCAAACGGGGGACGCCGCAUCACGACCAGGCAACACCCGAGCCCACGAAUUCGCGCAAACCGUGUUCCGUCUUUCUCGCGGCUAAGAAAAAGGUGCACGCGAGAGGUACACCCCGUGCCGUCUUCUCCACCACUGUACCCCGGCCUUCCACUGUCUGUUCGCCAAAUAAAAGUACUUCCGAGAGGUACACCCGGUGCCGUCUUCACCGCUAGCCCGGCCCACAACCUUCUCGCCGAAAAAGGGUACACCAGAGAGGUAAACACCGUGCCGUCUUCUCCGCUAGAGGCCAACCUAUUCAUAGGGGAAGAGGUACACGGCAGAGGUACACACCGCGUCAUGCCUUCCCCGUCCGUCGCCAAUAAACAGGCAAGAGAGUGGAGAAGAGGUACAACACCAAAAGAGGUACAAUACC